AUGACAAUGGCACAAGUACCAGACAUGGAAUCCUAUCUCAUGGACAAUAACAGGUAACGUGGCUUAAUUUAUAAGAAUUAACUGCACUAACCCAUAUUUUCCUCUUAUGUGCAAUAUUUGCUGUAUGUCAGGUUAAUUCUAAUCCCAUUUUAUUAUAUAGACCUACAAGCUUCAUAAAUUAAAGACAUGUUUUUUUGAUUACAAAAAAAAAAAUCUAACCACAUUUUUCCUUUUGAAUUUUAGUGACUACGAAGAAAGUUUUUAUGACAAUUUUUACUGCGACACUAAGGUAAAUGCCACCACCAAUUAUGUAUGAUUAAAUAGUAUGGACUACCUUACUAGAUUUAAUGCACUGUAUAUGGCUUUCGUAUGUACCAAGAGUAAAGUUUAUUAUGCUCUAUUGAGGAGAGGUAAAUGUAAGGCUUAAUGAGUCAACAGUAAAUUUUGGAUAAUAGAUUACUAAAUUCCAAGUUUUGUCCAAAAAAAACUUGUUAAAAAAAUGUUUUCAAUAUAUUAAUUACGUCCUGAAGAUUAACAAUGGAGUGAUCAGUUUAUAUCUGCAGAAAUGCAGAUUUUAAAAAAAUAUCAAAAAUAUAGUUAACGUUACGCAUUGUCUUUCUACAGAAAAGCUUUCAUGAUUCCCACUGCUUCUCUGGAGCCAGCAGUUGCUCUGGGUACAUCCCAGAAAAAGAUUCUGUGUUCUCAUUUAGGAAAGCCGUAGUUAUAGUGGUGGCUAUCGAUAAACUAAGAAAAAGGAUAAACUGCCACCGAGACUUUAAAGACACAGAUUUACUUGACCUAUUUAACACCAUAUUUGUGCAAGGUAAGAUGAAGGGUUGAUUGGGAUAUAUUAAACAAACUUUUGGAAGAAUCAUUAUUACCCCAUAAGAUUUAACAUGAUGGACUGAUUAUAAUCAUAUAGGUAAAAUUAUUGCAGAUUUUAACAUUAAUUAUGAUAUUUCCCAUUUUAGCAAAUCCUAUGUCAUGGGCUGUCUUCAUAAUGUACGAUGUUUGCAUUACCUAGUACUUACCUAUACACUAGUGCUCCCAAUAGUUAUAUGGGGCCAUACUAACUGACAAUCUGUUUAGAACAAGUACAGUCGAAGAGACUCAUUUUUAAAACUCACAACAUUGCUAGUGGUAUGAGGGCAGAGGUGGGACCACAUUGCCAAGUUCCUCCUAGUAAUUUUGGAUCCUUCCUUCCUUCAUACCUUUAACUUCCUUCAUCCAUUCUCCUUCCUUCCUUCCUUCCUUAAUUUUCCUCCCUUCCUAAUUAUUCCUGCCUUCCCUCAUUCAUUCACCUUCCUUUCUUUCUUCCUUUUCCUUCUUUCCUACCUUUUCCUGCCCUCCCUUAUUCAGUCAACUUCUUUCCUUCUUUUUCCUUCCUACCUUUUCCAUCCGUCAUUCUUUCUCCUUCCUUUUUUUUCCUUUUCCUUCCUUUUCCUUCCUUUCAUCACUCAUUCUUCUUCAUAUCUUCCUUUUACUUCAUUCAUUCCUCCCGUUUACUUCCUUCCUUCUUUCCUCUUUCUUUGCCUUCCUCCCUUCCUUUUUUGCAAAACUUUUGCAUUUUAUUAUAAGGAAAGCUUGUUUUUUUUAUAGGUAAAUAGGCCUAUUGAAGAGCAAGCAAUACAUAAUUUUCUCUGUUCUUCUGUAGGUAGCCACCUACUUGUAAAAUCGAUGAUAGAAACCUUAUAACUGUAAAUUUAAUUUCACAAAUGAUCACACUUUCCAUAGGUUUCAUGUUUAAAAGGCAUGCAAUACACGAUUUCUUUGAUGGUGAUUUAAACCAGGAAUGUGGAGAACUGGCGAGGCAAUCACUGAUUAACCUUACUUAACCUUCUAAGUUAGAAAAUGCAGCAUUUACAUUUUUAGGCAUUCUAGCUAGCUUUCCACACUUGAUCAAAUUCUAAAACAGAACCAUAGUUUCAAUUAAUAUAAGCAAAACAGGAUUCUCAUUAUAGAAUUCUGGUCUGAUAUAUUUUUUACUCUUUUAGAGGAUAUUCCUUUUGAGACCUCAAGCAGCACCUUUGCAGCCAAUGACCAGUACAAAUAUUCAAUAUCAAAAGAAUGCUGCAUUAGAGAUUCUUAUAAUAAGUCUAUGGCAUUGCUGCAAUCUUCCGGGAACGCCAGGCUUGUGGCCAUUUACCUACAAGAGUUAAACAGCGAGAGAGAAGGUAAGUCAGCAUUACUGUCUUGUUACGUUCCUAUGCCUAUGUUUGCUGCUCCAGAGACUCUUAUAGUAUGUCAAGGGAAUAUAGUUUAAAUGGGGCCUUGUUGACUACUAGAAGUCACUGCGAUAAAAGAAAAUGCUUUGAACAGGUUAAUCUUCACCUACAGCCUAAUCGAUUAUCAAAUACUAGUCUACGGUCUUUGCUUUUCAUGGCAAUGCAAUAUUAAAUGGAACUCUAUAACAACCUUACCAUUAUUAAAAUUAAAAACCUCAUGAUUACCACAGCAGUUACAGCUUGUUGAGAUUAUGGGCUGGUUUUCAAACACAAUCCAUUUGAAAAAACUGUUUCUAAUAAUCACAGAGAAAACCUAGAUUAAUGUGUUGCAUCCAUAAAAGAUUAUGUGUAUGAAUAAAUAUUUCUCUAGUCGUUAUUGAUUUUUGUCCGAUAUACUAACCUAUGGAUGGCUUUUUCAAUUUCAGAGAAGAUAAUUAUGAAUGUUUACGUUAAACAAAAUGUGAGUGGAAUCAAUAAGCGACCUGUUACGCUAGGACUCGUGGGGCGCAACUUAUACCUGUCAUGCAGCUCUGUAGAAGGUGAACCAAAGCUGUAUUUAGAAGUAAGUAGUACAUUUACCCAAAUUAUCAUUGCUGAUUCAUUUUCUUGCAGUGAUACUUGAUGCUGAGCAUUAUGGGAAAAUCUGCACCACAACAAGUGAAAUGUCAAACUGUCUAGACCUACUUCUUAUAGAGAGCAGAAAUCAUGAGGGACAGUUGUUUCCACCCUUGUGAAUGUUGUGGGGGCUAGUGGUGCAUAAAGUAUUACCAGUACAAAUUGUGAAAAAUAAACAAAAUUCAAGUUUUAUUUUGGGUACUUUACAAAACAGAAAAAACAACAAGAAAAAAACCCAGUACAACAAACCUACAACAUGUUAUCUGUCUAAACCCCACAUGCAUUAGCAUACAUGAAUGGGGCAGAUAAUUUCUGCUCUCACUCUAAUUUCGAUUUCAUGACUCCAAAACUUAGGCUUAUCAAGAAUCGUCAGUGUACCAGUGAAUGGUGAGGUUUAAACAGAUAACAAAUAUGUUGUUAAUUUCUAUUUUAUUUUUAUAAUUUUUCAGGGUGUCGUUACUGAAAUUGCUUAAUACAUUGCAGACAACAAUAUUACAUAGCACUACUAUAGUGUUCCACUAUGUACAAAGAUCUUUAAUUGCUCAAAACAUAGAAACAUAGAAUGUGACAGCAGAUAAUAACCAUUCGGCCCAUCUAGUCUGCCCAAUUUACUUUCAUUAGUCCCUGGCCUUAUCUUAUAGCUAGGAUAGCCUUAUACCUGUCCCACGCAUGUUUAAUCUCCUUCACAGUGUUAACCUCUACCACUUCAGCUGGAAGGCUAUUCCAUGCAUCCACUACCCUCUCAGUAAAGUAAUACUUCCUGAUAUUAUUUUUAAACCUUUGUCCCUCUAAUUUAAGACUAUGUCCUCUUGUUGUGGUAGUUUUUCUUCUUUUAAAUAUAGUCUCCUCCUUUACUGUGUUGAUUCCCUUUAUAUAUUUAAAUGUUUCUAUCAUAUCCCCGCUGUCUUGUGUUUCCUCCAAGCUAUACAUGUUAAGAUCCUUUAACCUUUCCUGGUAAGUUUUAUUCUGCAAUCUAUGAACCAGUUUAGUAGCCCUUCUCUGAACUCUCUCUAAAGUAUCAAUAUCCUUCUGAAGAUACAGUCUCCAGUACUGCGUACAAUACUCCAAGUGAGGUCUCAACCGUGCUCUCUAGUAUCUGUAAAUAAUAUGGCAGACUAGUGUUUAACAGCACAAGAUACUAAAAGAAUCUGCAGUUUUUUCCUAAAAUUUGAAUUCUCUAGGAUUUCUCCAGUUAGUUGUCAUUAUUAAUAAAGUGCCAACAAAUUCUGCAGAACUGUACAAUAGGUGGACUAACAAGUUGCAUACAGUAACAUUUUGUCAGUUAACAUUUACCACAAGGUGAUUUUUUUUUUUUUUGUAACUAAUGUUACACAUUGUUUAUAGUUUCAUCUAUAGUAGUAGUAUUUUACUUUGUUCAAUUAUCGGGGCUUCAAAGUGGAGACUCAUCUUGUGUACAUAGGGUAUGCUUUAGAGAUAUCCUAAACGUUCAGCAGCCAGUCACACACAUACACUUACUUGCAGACACAGAUACACACAGGUAUAUUGAUCCAGGAUUGUGAACAGACACUGUGAUGCAAACUGUGCUGCUUAGCUCAUUAUGUAACACUUAAUUUCAAUAUUUCUGUUAAACUCUGUCUUUCUUUCUUGCAGAAGGUCAGUGACAUUAAAGAAGUAAAACAAGAUGAAUUACAACGUUUCAUCUUCCUGAAGUCUGAAAACGAUGCAACAUGCACCUUUGAGUCUGCGGCUUGCCCCGGCUGGUAUAUCAGCACUUCUCAAGCUGAAAACGAACAGGUCCAGAUGAAGCCUGAAGCUGAUCAAAAAUAUAUCAGAGAAUUCUUAGUCCUUUCCUAGAAUAUAUAUAUAUAUAUUUAUAUAUUGCUACAUAUGUAUAACAAUGAUCUGUUAUCCAACCCAGUAUCCUGCAUGUAUGUACUGAGUACAAGGCAGAAUGUUGUUAAAUGAUAGGACUGGUACAGGAAACCAUAUCUGAAACACAUAUUGUGCUGGUCAUAUUCCUAGGAAACAUAUAGAAAAAAAAGUACUUAAAGGGCACUUCAGUGAUUUGAAGCGGUCAUGGUGCCUGGAGUCUGUCUGCGCAGUGUUCCACUUUGAAAAGCUGCACAAACAGAGAUUAACUCAAUAGCUGCCAGAGACAGCCUCAUUGGGGUGUCACCAACCAGCCCAGAACUAGAACUUCAUUGCACAGAAUGUCAGUAACUGGCUGACAGUAGUCAGCUGACACUCUCAGCCAAUGAACAGCAAUUUGUGCUGCUUCCUUGCACGUCACUGGACCACCAUGGAAUAUUGUAGCCCGACAGAGACCCAGGGAAGGGGGCAAACCAUUGCUAAACAGUUUGCCCCAUUACCAGGGAACCAGGCCAGAGUACUUCUAGUAUCAUAACCAUAACAGCAGGCUGAAGUGGUUAUUAUGCUUGGAGUAUUUUAUAAGAGCUAUCUUUAUUUAACCCCUUAAGGACACAUGACAUGUAUGACAUGUCAUACUUCCCUUUUAUUCCAGAAGUUUGGUCCUUAAGGGGUUAAGCUCUUCAGUUGACAACUCUGUGCAAAGCAAUAUUGGAUCACAAAUGAUGUUGCAGAUUUACAUUGUACAGUAAUAUAUAUAGCACUGAAAGUGAAAACAAAAUACGUAAUGUAAUCAUGUCAGUACAAUGUGUAGAUCAAAAUGAUUUUUAAAACGUGUCAUGUUUGGAUGUUGAUUACAGCUAUCAAGACAGCUUUUACUUUUCCUGUCCUAGUCUUUUCACUUUUAUAAAGUGGGAGGUAAACCAAUCAUGAAUAACUAGCAGAAUUAAUAUGUUUAUGUCAAUAUAUAAUUUUUCUACUAUGUUUGUGUAUUUAAUAUUUAUAUUUUAUAUUUGUUGGUUGUUUGUACUUGUACCAAGUAUAUAGUUUUACACAUUUAUUUAAAUAAUUUUAUUUAUGAGCAGGAAGUGUUUUGUACGUGUCAAUUGAUUUAUAUAUAUAUAUUAAAUAUUUAUUUUUUAUAAUUUUUUUUCAAACAUUUUUAAAAUUUAAUUAUUUAUUAAAUGGCUGAAAUUAAAAGGAUUUUUUGUAUUUUUUUUUUUAACAAUAUUUACUAAAGGAACACUAUUAGGUCAGGAACACAAACAUGUAUUCCUGACUCUAUAGUGUUAAAAACACUAUGUACCUAUAGAUGACUUACAUCUCCAGCAUAGAUGAUCUUCUGUAAGAGAAAGGAGGGUAAAGACGAAAAGCUAAGGACUAUUUCCAUACCGGGAGUCAAACCCAGGCCGCCUGGGUGAAAACCAGGAAUCCUAACCGCUAAACUAUAUUGGAAGCUCUAUGCCUAUAUGCUAUAGGCACAUACCUUCGUGUUUUGUGGGACUGUAUAAAAAUAAAAAAAAAUGGGGGAAAAAAAUAUUAAUUUAUUCUAACAAGCUUAAACUUUGAACUAAAGAUAUCUCCAGAAGUAGCUUUACUUCACUUAAACUGGCCCCCUACACCCCCUGCGAACAAACUAAUUAUAACCCACUUAUUUCUAGUUACUAAAAUUGUCAUAUCUAGACAUUGGAAAAAUAGAAAUAUUAGUUUUUGGUCACAAGUUAAAAAUCAACAUAAAUUCCAGAACAAAAUGGAAAAAUGCUCAGUAUACAAAAUGUUAGUAGGAAAGCACCUCUAUGGGAUACAUGUUGGCAUUUGCCAAAUAAAAGUUCAGCCUCACUCAUUCAACCAUGAAGAUACUUAGUAAAACUCUGGUGAAGCGAAAGGAAAGGAAAUGUUUAAGUAUUCAUCAGAAUUGAUUAAAAUACAAUUAUUUGUAUAUGCAAAUAGACAUAAUUUCCUUUCCUGUAGUUUACACCCCUGGACAGGAUAAGUAAUAAUAAACUUGAAAAAUGUAGUCUUAAAAUACCAGCUAACUCUGGAAGUUUGGAUAAAAGUUAUUCCCCUCUCUCUCUUGGUAUCUUAUAAAUAAUUAGUCUGUUUCGUUUUGUCUUCUAUCCAAAGUUAUUUUCGUUUGUCUGUCUGUUUGUUAGUAUGUCUGGCGGCUCAUAUCUUAUUAAAUUAAAAUUGCAAAUUAUUAUUUAAUACAUGGUUUAAAGUAGUAAUAUAUAUAUUUUUAUAUAACAUUUGAAUAUAAACUGAACAAAAUUAUAAAUGCAGCACUUUUGUUUUUGCCCCCAUUUUUCAUGAGCUGAACUCAAAGAUCUAAGACUUUUUCAAUGUACACAAAAGGCCUAUUUCUCUCAAAUAUUGUUCACAAAUCUGUCUAAAUCUGUGUUAGUGAACACUUCUCCUUUGCCGAGAUAAUCCAUCCACCUCAAGAUGCUGAUUAGACAGCAUGAUUAUUGCAAAGGUAUGCCUUAGCCUGGUCACAAUAAAAGGCCACCCUAAAACGUGCAGUUUUAUCACACAGCACAAUGACACAGAGGUUGCAAGUUUUGAGAAAGCGUGCAGUUGUCAUGCUGACUGCAGGAAUGUCCACCAGAGCUGUUAAUACACACAUUAACAUACAUACACACAGACACAUGCAUAUAAACGCACUGACUCAUACACACAUUCAUGCACACACACACUCAUAAUAACAUACUUACACUCAUACACUUAAUUUUUAUUUUAAUAAACAAUAAAAUAAUAUAUAUUACCAGACUUUUCCGUGUAUAAGACUAUGUUUUCUUCUACAUUUUUCCAGUCUUAAAUUGAGGGUCAUCUUAUACACGGAAUGUCACUGCAGGGGUUAAAAAGUUUGGAUAAAAGUUAUUCCCCUCUCUCUCUUGGUAUUUUAUAAAUAAUUAGUCUGUUUCGUUUUGUCUUCUAUCCAAAGUUAUUUUCGUUUGUCUGUCUGUUUGUUAGUAUGUCUGGCGGCUCAUAUCUUAUUAAAUUAAAAUUGCAAAUUAUUAUUUAAUACAUGGUUUAAAGUAGUAAUAUAUAUAUUUUUAUAUAACAUUUGAAUAUAAACUGAACAAAAUUAUAAAUGCAGCACUUUUGUUUUUGCCCCCAUUUUUCAUGAGCUGAACUCAAAGAUCUAAGACUUUUUCUAUGUACACAAAAGGCCUAUUUUUCUCAAAUAUUAUUCACAAAUCUGUCUAAAUCUGUGUUAGUGAACACUUCUCCUUUGCCGAGAUAAUCCAUCCACCUCAAGAUGCUGAUUAGACAGCAUGAUUAUUGCAAAGGUAUGCCUUAGCCUGGUCACAAUAAAAGGCCACCCUAAAACGUGCAGUUUUAUCACACAGCACAAUGACACAGAGGUUGCAAGUUUUGAGAAAGCGUGCAGUUGUCAUGCUGACUGCAGGAAUGUCCACCAGAGCUGUUAAUACACACAUUAACAUACAUACACACAGACACAUGCAUAUAAACGCACUGACUCAUACACACAUUCAUGCACACACACACUCAUAAUAACAUACUUACACUCAUACACUUAAUUCUUAUUUUAAUAAACAAUAAAAUAAUAUAUAUUACCAGACUUUUCCGUGUAUAAGACUAUGUUUUCUUCUACAUUUUUUCAGUCUUAAAUUGAGGGUCAUCUUAUACACGGAAUGUCACUGCAGGGGUUAAAAAAACCACUUGUGCGCAGGGCCUAAGUUAAGAUGGUGCCUGCCGCAUUGAGGUCCCUAUAUGCUUGGGAGCUGCAGCAGACAUCAGCACCUACCACCAAUGGAGCCAUGUCACACCAUAAAAGGUAGGUCUUGCUUUCUGAUUUAUAUUUAUGGGGGAGGAUAUGGGGAUCAGGGAGCAGAGGGAAUACUACUGUGAUGUCCCAGCAUGCCCUCACACCACCUGCUGUAUUAUGGGAGCUGUAGUCCCCAGCAUGCACUAUAGAACCAUUAACUUUACAGCGUACCUUAGCACAGGGUAGGCAUGAGAAUCAGAAGUGUUUUGUUCUCCUUAGAGGUCACUUCUAAAAUAUCAAAGUCGUUCUAUUUGAUGUUUAAAAUAUUAAUUUCCUAAUUUUGGGCUCAAAAAAUAGGGAUCGUCUUAUACAUGGGGGCAUCUUAUACAAGGAAAUAUAUGGUAUUUUAUUACUUUCCAGCCUCCAUUUCCUUACCUGGAUAGGGAGUACUAGAGUGGAACCUUAUUGCUGGGAUCAAGUGGGGUACUUCUGGGAUUAGUCUCUGCACUGAUUUCACAGUCCCCCGCUACUCUGUAUGUUUCCCAGGGCUAGGAUGAAAUUUUUUCCAGGCUCCUACAACAGUACAAGACAUGUGAGGGAGCUGGUAAAUCAGUGCAGGGUAAUACCAGCAGCACCCAACACGCCAGCAACACGCUUGCCUCUCCCUGCCACCUGCUACCUGGGGCGAAGUGCCUCCCGCCCCACCUCUGUACACUACUAGUCUUAGUGUCUAUAUAUGGCUUGGAGUGUGUGUGUAGGUGAUGCAGAGUGUGUAGAUGCUUUUCACUUGAGUACCCCUUGGCAGCCCAUUUCCAUAAACUGUACCUCUCAUAUUAGCAAACGUUUUUGUAAAUAUUAUAGUUGCUGUUAUUUUAAAGUUAUGUGAUUUCCUCUGCCCUAUCACCCCUUUUUUUCUGUUCCAGGUUCUUUUGCUCUUCUUCUGCCCUAGGCUCCCCAGAGUGCAGAUACACUCAUGUGGAUACACAGACGUGCAGACUGACACACGUGCAGAUGCACAGAUACAAACACGAACACACAUACAGUAGCACAGACACACUGACCCACAUACAGAUGUACAGACACACAUAUACAAACAAUGACACAAUCAUACAGAUACAUAAUACAGAUACACACGCUGACACACAUGCAGAUACAAAGAUACACAGAUACAAGCAGAUGAAGAGACACACAUGCAUACACAGAGAAAACACUGACACAUACAGAUACAGGCACACAUAUACACAGACUGACAAAAACACAGAUGUACAGACAGACACAAACACUGCCACAUGUGCAGAUACACAGACAAACAGAUGCAAACACUGGCACACAUACAGUUGCACAGACACACUGAUACACAUACUGGCAUACAUACAGAUACACACAUUGACAAACAUACAGUUGCCCAGACACACUGAUACACACACUGACAUACAUGCAGAUACACAGAUAUACACACUACCAUACAUAUAGUUGCAAGGACAUACUGAUAAACACACUAACACAUAUACAAAUGUACAGACACACAGGUACAAACACUGCCACAUAUGCAGAUACACGGAUGGCAACAGUGAUAUACAUGCAGUUGAACAGACACACUGAUAAACACACUGCCACACAUGCAGAUACACAGAUACAAACAUGUCACACAUACAGACACGCAGUUACACAUACAGAUAUACACAUUGACACACAUACAUAUGUACAGACACACAGAUACAAACACUGCCACACAUGCAGAUACAGACACACACACUGACACACAUGAAAAUACAUAGACACAUAGAUACAAUCACUAACACACACAUAAAGAUACACAGACACACAUAUGGACAUUCAUGCACAUAAACAGACACAUACUGAUACACACACAAAUGCAUAUAUAUACAGAUACAGACACACAAAUAAACAGACAUACAGAAACACACACUGACACAUAUACAGACAUACAGACACACACACACAGAUACACACACUCACAUGCAAACAGAUACAAUGACACACACAUUCAAACGCAUACAGAUACAAUGUCACACACAGAUACCAGGGCCAGCCCAAAAUGUUUUGCUGCCUGGGUCCCCCAAAACCAGGCCACCAAAACACGCCCACAUUCAUUAUGUUGUAUUAUGAUAAUUAAAACCAAAAUGAAAUAUAUCAUGAUUAGAUAAAUACAUUCCAGUAACAUAUUUAGAUCAGUGCACACUAAAUUAAACAUCACAACAUAUAUGCUUCUGCAGUGGUGUUAAAAUAUUAGCUAAGUACAAUAUACGUCAAUCACUAACAAUAACAAACCAAAAAGUUAAUUUGUCAAUUUGGGGAUGUAGUGUGUCUGUGUGUGUGAUAGGGAUGUAGCCUGUCUGUGUGUGCGUGCUGGAUGUAGCGUUUGUGUGUUCGUGCUGGGAUGUAGCGUGUCUGUGUGUGUAUGCUGGGGGUAUAGAGUGUCUGGGCAUGUAGUGUAUGUGUGUGUGCGGGGGAUGUAGUGUGUGUGCUGAGGAUGUAGUGAGUCUGUGUGUAUGCUGGGGAUGUAUUGUGUCUAUGUGUGUAUGCUGGGGGUGUGGCGGGUCUGUGUGUGUAUGCUUGUGUGUAGCGGGUCUGUGUGUGUAUGCUGGGGAUGUAGCGUGUAUGUGUGUGCUAAGGAUGUAGCACUUGUGUGUGUGCUAGGAGAGUAGUGUGUCUGUGUGUGUAUGCUGGCGAUGUAGUGUGUCUGUGUGUGUAUGCUGGUGAUAUAGUGUGCCUAUGUGUGUGCUCGGGAUGUGGUAUAUGCUGGAGAUGUAGUGUGUGUGCUGGGGAUGUCAUGUGUGGGCUGAUGAUGUGGUGUGUGUGCUAGGGAUGUGGUGUGUGUGCUAUGGAUGUAGUGUGUCUGUGUAUGCUGGUGAUGUAGUGUCUGUGUGGGCCAGGCAUGUAGUGUGUGUGUGCAUGCUAGGGAUGUAGUGUUUCUGUGAGUGUGCUGGGGAUGUGGUUUGUGCUGGGGAUUUAGUGUGGGUGCUGGAGAUGAAGUGUGUAUACUAGGGAUUUGGUGUGUGUGCUGGAAUUGGAAUUCCUAUGUACAGUGCACUGUGUACAUUGAAGCUUAUAUUUACUUACAUUUUCUGUAUCCGCAAUGCGGUGGAUCCUAGCUGAAGUGGGGUGUGAAUUGACUCCAUGUAACUCCGCUCCUCUUGUCUACCACAUUGCUGGCUCAGUCCAAUUCCUGCAUGUCAUGCUGCCUGUACUGGCUAUGUGGCCAUUACAGCACACAUAGCCAAACACAAAGAGGAAUUCUGUCACUCCCGGGGGCCAGCCCACAGCAGCAGCCCUGCCGCAAAUUGCUGUAAGUAAAGUUCCCACUGACAUUCCAGCAUGCACAGUUAGUAAUCUCAGAGUGCCGAAACUGCAGUGGGAAACAUGACAUAACCCUGAGGACCUGGCCAGCCCCAGAUCAGACUCACUCUCCAGGCACUUGCGAUUUGUUUACAUUUUUUAAAAAGUUUGAGUGGCCUCCCAGCCCUCUCUCCGGUGAACUGGCUGAUCGUUGAAGACUGGGCUUUACCCGCACUUUGACAGGGGUGGCAAAAUUGCUCCCCUGUCAAAGUGCUGCCUGUAGCAACAGCCCCAAUGGGACCUAUGGACAGGCCGGCCCUGACAGAUACACAGACACACAGAUAAAAAAAAAACCUGGCAAACAUGCAGAUACAUAAAUACACACACACAGAUACACAGACAUACAGAUGCACACACUGACACACACACAGAUACACAAACAUACAAACAUACAAAUGCACACACAGAUACACAGCCAUACAGAUAUGCAAACUGACACACAGAUACACAGACAUAGAGAUGUACACACAGAUACAAAGACAUACAGAUGCACACACUGACACACACACAGAUACACAGACAUAGAGAUGCACACACUGAUACACAGACAUACAGUGUGGCAAAACCAACCUUGCCACUGGGCAUUGGAGAAGACUGAUUGCCAGCCUCCUGCCAUGUGACUAUGGCCCCUGGGAUGUAUUGCCCUUUAAAGACAUGAUUUGGGAAUAAUGGAUUUGUGUUGUGCUGCUGCUGGCCCUUUAAGAACCAUCUGGGGACAUACUGUCGAGUUACUGGAUGGCCACCAUUUCCUGUAUCAGCACAUGGUGAGAACAAUGGCUGAAGCACAUGGUGAGAACAAUGGAUGGUGGCCAUUUUAACUCACAGACACUGUUUGGACUUUUCAACACAGUGCCAUCUCGCCAGUAUUUGGUGCACAGAGACAUCGUGCAGUGGUUUUGGACUAUACAGCAGGGGACACAUUAUGCAGUGAUUGUUUUUCAUUUAGCCUGUAUAUGUUCUGAAGAAUCUGCAUUAAACUGUAUCUUCCAAAGUACUGAACGGAUCUGGGUGAAUUUUGGAUAUGUGGUUCACCCAGACCCCCCGGUUCCAAGGAUAUAAACUUUUUAUGGGGUUAUUGCAUGUUUUGGGGUCCCUGUGAUGUGUUUUAUGAAACUGUACUUCUCUGUCUGUGAUAAUUAGAUUACCCAUUGUGUAAGGUAAUUAUAUCACAGGCAGAGGGGAGGAUUUUGUGUGUGAGUGUCUGAGUGUAUUGUACGUGUUAUUGGUUGUUCUGUAAAACCGUGUGGGCAGUACUAAGUUUGUGGAUUGGGAAUAAAAGAGGCUGUAUGUGCCAGUCCAGUCAGUUCCUGCUUAACCCUCAAAGUGAAGUGUCAUCUCAUUAUUGGGGGAGGAUUUAUUGUAUGCUGUUCCAGUUUGACUGAGUGUAAACCUCAGGAAGCGCUAGGAGCAUCCUUCAACGGAGGUACCCAGUCGGGGUGCCAUGUGAUCCGUUACAUACAGAUACACAGACUGACCCACACAGAUACACAGACAUACAGAUAUGCACGCUGACACACAGAUACACACAAACACAGAUAUACAGACAUACAGAUACAAUAAAACACACACAGAUGCACAGACAUACAAAUAUGCACAUUGAGACACAGAGAUACAGAGACACAUUGACACACAGAUACAGACAUACAGAUAAACACUUUGACACAAACACAGAUACACACACUGACACACACACACAGAUUCAUACACACAGACAUACAGAUACACACAUACACAGACAUACAGAUACACAUACAAAUAUACAGAUACACUGACACACACACAGAUACAAAUACACAGAUGCAAACACGUAAAUACUGACACCCAAAACACACAUACACAUUGUGACGAAGUGCCCUUCGCCACUUGUGCCAGGAGGGGACUACUGGCUAGCCUCCUGCCUUCCGACUAUGCCCCCUGUGCUGAUAGCUGCAUUUUCCCCUGCAGAAAGGUUUAUUUAUGUAUUUCUGUCAGGGCGUUUUGGACUUUCAGUAUGGUAGUAGUGCUACCCCAGAUAGCUAUGCCAUGGAUCCUACUCGUGUAACAAAAGACUAUGGAAAAGACUUUGGCUCCAUGGAGAUUUAACUGUAUGUAUGUGAUCUGAGCGCAAUUCGGUAAUAAUGUGCGCUCAGAUCUAAGCUAUCUGGGGAUAUGUUGCAUGUAUAUGUUUUAUGUAGUAAUUGUAACAUUGUGUAAUUUUAUGUCUGUUUUUAACCAUGUGGUUAAUGGAGUCUUGACUCUGUCCUGGGAGAUAAUUUGAUUACUUCCCAAUUAUCUCCAGGAUAGAGAGGCGGGAUUGUGAUGUCACUGUGGGAGUGUUUUGUUUGUAUUGUCUGUGAUUGGCUAAUAUCCAAUAUGUGUCCCAUUGUUCCAUCAGGUCCCCUAGGGGAGUGUCCACCUGGUGGAAACUUGCAUAAAUACCGGGCAGGUAGCCUUCAAUAAACCAGACCUACUUGCACCUUUCUUGAAGCCUUGGCUCAUGCUUGGGGGAAGGGAUAACUACACUCUUUGCUAUAAUCACAUGCUCCCCAGAGUCAGCUCUUGCAAGAGCUUGUUUUGUUCCUGGUUCCUGCUCUCUGGAUUCAGGAGAGGUUCACCCAGUGGAAGCUGGAUCCUGGCCUUGGAUCCAGGGUGGGUGAGAGACGGCGAGACCCCGGCGCAGCUGCAUCGCUGGAAGUGGGGUUUGGAGUGCUGAUGGUGUCGGUUGGAGUGCUCGGAGUCCUUGGCAAGCACUAGGAGCAUUGAUUGGCGGAAGUACUCAGUCGGAGUGCCAGCAGUCCAUCACACACAUAGCUUUAGGGUGGCUCCUGCUGCCUGGGACUGUUGGGAGUUGAGGGCUAUCUCCUCUCCCGGUCAGCCCCACCCCCUUUUUGGGCCCCUCCCAUGCAGUUUUGUGUAUUACAGCUGAGAGGAAGUGUGCGUCCGCUCUCACUUUUUUGACCCAAAGGAAUCCAGCCUAAUUAUGUUUCAAAUAUAACCUUUAUUAAGUAUUCAAUAAAAUGAUAUUGGUAAGAUACAAGUUGAAAUUUAAACAUAAUAUGUGUCAUUUUAUAGCCACAGGAACAAUUUGUCGAGCAAAUCGAGCUUGACUCUAAGAUUGAAAUCACUCAAUACUGUCCAUACCUGUCCAUACCAAAACUAUAAAUCCUCUAAUGUUCUAAUGUUAGUAGAUAUGAGCCAAAAAACUAAGUAGCCUAUAAACAUUAAGCAAAGUACAAACAGGUAGGAGACCAUAUAGUAAGACAGAGAUAAAGAAAGUGAUGCAUGAGGGGGUAGGGUGAAGCAUGGAGGAGCAAACCAGGCUAAUCACUAUUCUGCACAUGUCCUUCCGGGGACCCUGAGUGCAUGGGCCACCCGAUGGACCGUGCGUUCUCCAGCCCGUGCCGCAGCCAUUACCGGGUUUUUUUCACAAACACCCUGGGGGGUUUUAAUUUGUACCCCUGGUUGUGAAUUGCUGCUGUAGAGAGUGUGUGUUUAGGGACCAUAGUAUGUGUGGAGUUGAUUUAAUGUGUGCAUAUGAGACAUAGUAUAUGUGUCUAUAGGGGAUCUAGUGUGUGUGUGUGUGUGUAAGGGUGCUGCAUGUGUGUGAGUAGAGGUUGCAGUGUGUGUGAAUUUGUGGGCUGGGAUAGGUGCUGUUUUGUAAGGGGCAUUGAGGUGGGAGCAAUAUAUAUCUUUUCUCUUAUUUAUAUAUAUAUAUAUGUAGCGGAACGCCAAUAAUAAAUCCACGAAUUCCGCUGGUUCAGAAACGAAUCCACAGUCAAGCGCUGAAACAACAAGGCAAUAUCCCCAACCUCCCAAUAACCGGACGAGACACAGUUCUGGGAGUCAACUGACAACCUUUUAAUCAGCAGGACAAUUUAUACAAGUCCCCAUGCAAGGGGUUUCCUGAGUCCCUCCCCAGGGGCACUCCCAGAGGGGACUACAUGGGGGACUUACAUUACUGCAUAUUUCUCCCAUCAGGCACUGCUGCACGAGAGGGAUCAUCUUCCCAGAAUGCACCGUUAAGUGGAUUAUCCCCUCGUGCAGCAGAACCGACAAUUCACAUAAAAAUCCAUAACUUGGUUAAUAUACAGUGGAUUUACACGAAUGGACGUUCGGUAGAUAGCUGGGGUCUGAGGGUAUCAUUCGUGAGAUUACCGCUCAGAUCCCAGCUAAAAUAACCGAACGCCGCACGAACAACACAAUUCGUAUAAAACAUAUAAAAAGAACCGAUUGCUUUUAGGGAACAAAAUACCGAAUGUCCCAAAACUCCCGAACGCCCUGGAGGCUCAGCGGGGCUCGUGCCGUCGAGUAGCCAUUUUAAGUACCAGGCGCUCGACGGCAUAACCCCGCUGAGGGAACAAAGGAUCCAAGAUGGCCGACCGCCGCAUGGUCGGUAGUCAAACGACGGCCACCCAGGAGAGCCUCUAAUUACCGAUUGCAACAUUGUUGCAAUCGGUUAACUAGCGCCACACGCCUCUAAGUGUGUGGGCUAUUAGGGGGUAUCGCGUUCGGUUCACGAACGGCCCUCCAAAGUGCCGUUCGUGAAACGAACAGGAAUACCCAUACAAACCGCCAUUUGCAUUCGGCGGAACAGAUAAUACAGACAAUGCAGAAAAUACAUUAAGCACAUACAUAAGGGUAAAGCGCAUAUCUCCCCAGACCUGUAGGCAACCCUUAAAGGUACAGUCUCUAGUUAUAGUUCAAGUGGCUAGGUUUGCCACAAUAUAUAUUACAAAUUAUUAUCAAUUUUAUUUCCUCUUCCCUGCUUCUUAUCUCUGGCCACAGAGAGCAGACAUGACAAUCACUGGUGGUGAUAUACUCUAAUAUUGAGGGGAAACCUAUUGUUUCCCCACAGCCACCAGCUAUUAACAGCAGGUGGGGACCCUAAAUAAUAGUGGGGGCUAUUGUCCCCCAAGCACCCUCCUAUUGGCGAUAGUAGGAGUCAUAAAUAAUAAUAAGGGGUGGAACUAUUGUGCCAACCCAAGCCCCCCCUGUGGCAUGAGAGUGCCCUAAAUAAUAAUAAUGGGGGUUCGACCUAUUGUCCCAUCCAAACCUGAAAAGGCGAAAAGGUAGAUCCCCAUCUGUUGUGCAACUCCCACAGUGCUAUACCAGCUGAGGGUCUACCAUUUGGCUAUUCUUGCAGGGUUGUAUUUGUGAGCAGUGUUUGUAUGUCAUGCCAGAACUGCAAGACGUACAACAUUACUGACCCAAAUACACCCUUGUAUUCAAUGCCCAUGCUACAAACAACCCACCAAUGCACACCUGCAUUCGAACGCCAACACUACAUGUAAACACACCACUGCAUUCAAAUGACAACAGCACAUACAAAUACAUUUCUACAUUCAUACACACAUACGUCAUACAACAGCAUGCUUAAAUUCAAACACACAGACACUGCUCACAAAUACAACUAUGCAAAGAUGUGCAAACUGUAAAUCCCUAGCUGACAAAGCAUUGCUGGAGUUGCAUCACACCUUUUUUUGGCCCCUUUUGCAACUGAGGAGGGCCCAAAAAAUUCUUGCUUCAGGAGCGCCCUCUCUAUAUUAGUUCCACCACUCUGCAGCCAUGUAUUAUACAACUUUUGCAUGUGCACGCUUGUCUAAUGGGGGUGAAGGGGGGUGUUGUCUGUGACGCUGAUUGUGUAUUCAUCAUGCUAACAUGCUGGCCACGCCUCCAUCCACCUGAUAUCCGACCUGUCAAAGCUAGCAGGUCUGAUAUGUGAGUGUAUCCUUAGUAGUAAUAAAAAUAUAUCAUUAAACAAACAGAUGGACUGAAGCUGAUUAUUCACUUGGUAUUUGAAAAAAAAAAAUCUAAUUUGUAACUACUUACACACAUACUGAAGCACAGACAGUUACAAUGCAGUGUUGGAAUAUUGUGACUUAACCCCUUCAUGACAAUUGUUCCUUUACCUUAAAGAGCAGUUUUCACAUUUUUAUUGUCUGGCUUUCUUUUUAUAUCCUACAUAAGUACAUAUCUCCUCACUUAGCAAGAAAAAAUAGAACAUGUUUUAGGGCAAAAAUAAAACAAUUCUUGUUAUAGAUAUAUUGAGACUCACAUGGCUUUAAAAAAAAAAAAAAAGAGAAACUAUUUCCUGGGUUAAUGCCUUCAAAAUGAAAUACACCUGAGUUCACUUUUGUGAGUCUGCCUCAAACAUCCAAACUGUGUUGGUGAGUUUUCAGUUUUCGUGUAUAUUUAACUAUUAUCAUGCAGCUUUGACUGAAGGUAUGUUUCUAUGAUGACUCACUUGAUGUUCAGCCAGCUGUACAGCUAGCUACCAUGAGGAUGAUGGGAGUUGAUAUUAUAGAACAGGUGAACUACUUUAGGGUUCCAAAAUUAAAAAUGUAUUUCUUUUUAAUUGGUAAAUAUUGGUAUACAAACAGGUUAAUAGUGUGUCCUUCUCCCAUUCAGAACACCAUAAUAUGACCGCAAAUGUAUUUAUAAUUGGGAAUUGUUUCAACGUGUUUGCUAAAACCGUGUGAAUAUUUCUCUUAAGCAUUCUAGCAGUUAAUGCACAACAACCAGUAUUACAAUGUAGUAACUAGAAUGUUAAAUAUUUUAUGAGACUAACUUGCAAGUAUAGUGAAACCAUUUUGUGAGUGUAUUCUAAUAGGGAAAUUGAAUUCACACAUGAGUCUCACAUACAAAUAUGAUCUUAUAGUGCAGGCAAUUAACUUAAACCAUAGAACUCCUACUCCUAUCAUGCUUUUAUCAAUGUGAUUUAUUUAGGUAAUUAUUACAAAACUUAUCACUCUAAGGUUAUGGUUUAUGGUAAUGUUAAAACACCAUUCAAGGCACCCAGAACACUUUAUCUCAAAGCAAUGGUCUGAGUGCCCUGUAGUUUUAACACCGCAACAUAAAACAUUGCAGGAUUAAACACACCUCUAGUAGCUGUCUUACUGACAUUAGAGCCGCAGCAACAAAGGUGUGAAACUGUCAUGUGACCAAAUGCCGCUAAUAGGAGAGCAUUGAAUUCAAUGCUUUUCUAUGAGAAGCGUUUUGAAAGGAUGCGCAUGCAAGUGCACCUCAUUCCCAAUACUGCUCUGAGGAACAUUGGACUGGACGUUGAUUGUGGAAGCAACACCACGUAGAUGUUGCAGCGGCACACUGACAGUCUAGGUGCUGGGGAAAAAAAUUUAGCUAAAGAAGGAUUGCCUAGGACACUAUUCCUAAUACUAUAGUGUACCUUUUUUAAGUUUGUCUAUGUUAGUCCUUGUCAGCAGGGGCGGACUGACUGGUCGGUACUUCGGACAUGGUCCAAAGGCCCGACUGGGAGGGGGGCCCGGCGGCAGGGCCGGAUUGGCCCACCGGGGCCGCGGCAUCUAGGGGCUAAGCAAGUAGGUGCCACCGGGUGGCCGGUCCGGUGGCACACUUUGAGGGGGCUGGCCGUGCUCCACGCUGGAGCUGCCGGGCCAGGUGGCAGCCUCGCCGGUCCGGCGGCACGCCUGGCCUGUCACUAGCGCUGAGGACUGAAGGAGGGAGGAGCAUGUCUCUGUUUCAUGCUCCCUUGCUGUUCCCACAAUUCCCAGUACAGGAUACAUGUGGAAGAGAGAGACACAGGGAGAAAGGAGAGAGACACACAAGGGGAGGGGGGGGGGCAGAGGCGUAAGAGAGACUGGGAAGGAGAGGGGAGACAUGGACACCGAGGAGCAGUGAGGGGGAGAAAGAAACAUACAGAGGGACUGGGGGUGAGACAAAAAGGCACACAGAGGGGCUGUAUAUAUCACUGGUGGAUCCAGGGGGGCAACGGGGCAAUUGCCCCCCCUGCCCUGCCAACCGAUCUCUCUCCCUGAUCCUCAGGCACCGUGCAGGCAGCCGGGGAGGGAGGAAGAGAGGACCCGGGAGCUCAGCCUGCAGCUCCUCUGGGUCCUUCUUGCGCGAGCACAGAGCAUUGCCGCGGUUACCACGGCAACGCUCCGGCUCUCACAAGAGUCAACUCUAGCCCUGGAGCUACGGGCUAGAGUUCACUCUCAACACUGUGACCACCAGGGAUUCCUGGUGAACUCUAGCCCCAUAAACACACUGCCCCCACACACACACCAUACACAUUCACACACACAUUCACACACUGCCCCCCAUACACACACUGGCCCCAUACACAUUUACACACAUUGCCACACACACUGCCCACCCAUACACACAGACCCCCAUACUAACAUUGCGACACACAUACACAGCCCCCUCAUACACACACUGAACCUUUCACACACACUGCACCCCUCACACAUUGCACCACUGCUCCUAUACCCUACUACAGCCCCAUAUCUCAGCAGACCCCAGGUAAGUUGUCAAACUGUUCUUAAAGUAGUGGUUAUUGUGCAUGGAUUAUUUCUUUAAAUAAUCUACAAGUGCCCCAGUAGCCGGCCAGCCAGUCAGCCCACAGCCUGCCGGCAGCAGCCAGCAAGCCCACAGCCUGCCGACCAACAACAGUAAUUAAGGUAAGAAGAGCCAACUUGGCCUAGGUAUCAGCAAGCUAUGUUGUGUUGCUAUAUUGUGAAUAGGAACCAGAGUGUUGGAGAGAACCCCCUCCAGGCCCCAUUAGACUUCAUUGUAGUCUCUACUGGGGCCUGGAGGCGACUGUUUCCAGCAGAGGCUAUCUAAUGGAUAUUGAGAUGGCCUCUGUUAGAAAGACACCCUUCCAAGCCUAUUAGACUCAAUUGUAGCCUCUGCUGGGGCCUGGAGGGGAUUCUUUCUAACACACUCUCUAAAAGGACACUGAGCCUCUGCUAGAAAGACCCCCCCUCCAUGGCCCAUUAGCCCUCAAUUGUAGUCUCUACUGGGGCCUUGAAGGGAUUAUUGCACUUUUGUUCCUUGUGUCUAAAGAUUGUGUAGGGUGUGGCUGGAGGCGGGACAAGGGUGGCGCUUGCUGCGGAGCAUGGGUGGUCCUGUAAGGGGGCCCUUGAUUUAUUUUGCCCGGGGGCUAUGAGGGUUCUCAGUCUGCCCCUGCUUGUCAGAUGUUUUUUUUUUGUUUUGUUUUUUUUUUUUUACUUAUUCACUAAGCCCAGAUUUAGUACAAGUGGGAAGCCAGCUGGCAAAACUGAGGCUAUCAUGGCUAAUACCCUGAUCAUAGAAACAUAGAAUGUGACGGCAGAUAAAAACCAUUUGGCCCAUCUAGUCUGCCCAAUUUUCGAGAUACUUUCAUUAGUCCCUGUCCUUGUAUCUACUAAAUAUUUAUUUUUGAGAGGGGGAUCAUUGCAGUGUCUCUUACAUGUGAUAUUUCUUACAGAAUGGUAUAAUAUCAUAAGGUGUUAUCUUUUUAAAAUGUUUGUUUUCAGAAUGCUGGGCAAUGUUUCACUGGUUUUCUAACUACAUAGAACUAUUAAAUAAUUAUAUGUAAUUACAAUCAUUGUUAUGGCACAGGCUAUAGCUGUGUCCCAUAGGCUGUCACUCAGCAAUUUUUAAAGAAUAGAGGUGCAUGUUUCCCAUAACACUAACCAUGAAUACCCCCAAUCCAAAACCCACCCUAAUUCUAAGCACCCCUAACUUUAAAUCGAAGAGUGACAUUUGCUAGAUGCUGUAGACACUGUUCACUCUUCUGAAUGCAAUAUUAUCAUAAUGUCACUCCAACCAAUUCCUGACAUUCUAGGCUCUCCGAUACGUUUUCUAUAAGGAGUUUCGCCAACUACUGAAACUGAACUAGGUGCCUGUAUACAAUUAAUGAAAAGCUAUUUUACCAUUAGAUUUAAUAUUCAUCAGAAUUAGCCAAGUCCUUUGUACAUUUCUUUUCAUAAACUGCUCUUGGGGCUAUUUUACCAGUCUAUGCAGUCAGCACAAAAGUUCUUAUGAGAUAUUCCUCUGAAAGUGAAACUCUGUCUGCUGAUGUACUGCAUUAUUAUUGUGCUGCACACUCUGAAGUAAAACAAUAGAUCGCCCCUCUGUAACAUUAUUCAAGCCAUGCAGCUAUCCUUUUUUUUGUGUGUGUGUGUGUGUAUGUAUAUUUAUUCACGUUUACUUUUAAAUAUAAUAUUAAUAAAUAAUGCAAAAAUGUAUAUAUAAACUAACCAAAAUUCACUUGCACCAUACAAGCCAUUGCGUGGAUUUUGUAUUUUUUUUUUUUAUAUUAAAUAGUUUAAUCUUGGUUUUUAUUGUGUUUUUUUAAAAGGUCAGUUGCUAAACCUAUAUACCUAAAUUUAAAGAACCUUCAGAUAUAUUUAAUUUAAAAAAAUCUAUGUUAAAUGAAGGAUAUGGAGCAAAAGCAAUGAUUUGAAUACGAUAUUGUUGUCUUCCAAGUUCCCACUCCAUUUUAAAUGGAACAAAUGGUCUAUAUAGAAUGUAAAAUACUCUAUUGUACCAUAAGUCACGGGGGAUGUAUCAGCUUACCUAUAAAACCAACAGAAGCAGAGGCAAAUAAGCUGAAGCCUAGAAUCUCUCUGGGGAAAUAACGAGCUCAGGAACCGGACUCGAUUGGGUAUUUAUCAUCCUACCUGUUUUACAAUCUCUAUAUGAUAGAUGGCUAAAACAGUGUUGUAUCUGUAUAUCCAUUAACUUAUGUUUUUGGUUUUUUUUUUGGUCUAAACAGAAAUCUCAACCAAGAACCAGGAUGGAGUCUUGUCUGAUUGAAAGUUAUAGGUAAUAAUAGGCCACUUUCUUUUUUAUGAAGUAAAGUUCACUGUACAUCAGCUGGUUUUUAUUAUAUUGUUGUUGUUUAGAUACAAGUAGUACAAAUAAGUUAAUAAAUAUUAGUCAUUUUUUCUUUUGUAUUUUAGGCAAUAUGAGGGAAAUUCUUCUGAAGAUUGUUCCUACGAAACUGGGGUAAAUGUAAAAGCUGCAAGAAUUAAAACCUAGAUUGUCAAUAAGGUUUUAAUAUAUAUUGUCUAAAUAAUAGCAAUACUUCUGUUACCCAGAAAUGGUAUGUCGUAGCUAUAGGGUUUAACAUGAAAGCAGUUAAGUGGUGUAUGGACUACUGAUUUACAAAUUCUUGUCCAAAGCAGAAUUUCAAAAAAUAUUUGAAAAGGCAGUUUCCAAACAUGGCUACUUUGCAUGUACUGAUUCUUUUACAGGGUUAUUUGGUGAGAAUUCAAAGUGAGUUUCAAAUUUCAGGCCAAAGUAGCCGAACUGGACUUAGAGAAUGUCUCUAGUUCGGCUACUUUUACCUUGUACUUGAAACUCACUUUGAAUUCUCACUUUAGUGAACAACCGUGUUACUAGAGUAAGGAGUUACUCUACUUUCUGAGUAGCAAUUCAUCCAUUGACGUGCAAGGGAAAAUUGCUAUUUGGUAAACCUUUCUAUCCUGCAUUUAAAGUGUGUAAAUAAUGGUAAAUCUAAGAACUGUGCAAACGUUAGCAUUGUAGAUUUUACUUCAAAUCAACCAUGUGCCAUUUGGCUGUCCUGGUAUUGGUAAAGCAUGCUACGCAAUUAUAUUUAAGACAUGCCUAACAUAUUCUCUUUCCACAGAUAGAUAUUCAGGAUUUCCAAUUUAUAGAUCCAGAUAGAAAAGCCAUGGUGGAUGACCUUUCCGUGCACGGUAAGAGGCAUUUGGAUGAAGAGGGUUUAUUCAACCAUCAUUAUUAAGCAAACUGCGUUGGUAAUAAGUAUGAUGUAUCCGUUCUAAGAAAGAAAGGACUUGCCUGAGGAGCAAAUCGUACAUUUAGAUUUAUGUAUAUAGAACUAUUCCGGUGCAAUAUGCUAGAUUUUGAAGCAGUUGAAUCAGGUUUUCUUCACAAGUGCCCAACUCUUUAGAACUUUUUGUAUUAUUAGUCUACAUACAAAACUUUUACUCUGUGCACUUGGCUACAAUCCACAAGGACAUCAGAUUAUUGAAAUACUACAAACAAGGAAUUCCAGAUUAAUUACACAUUUUAGGACCUUAAUCUGUUAAAAUGCUGGAGAUUGGGGGGCGGAGCCUGACCACUGGCCGGAUCAGACAUGCUUUGCCUGAGCUCCCGCGUCUGAGCGUCUAAACCCGAGCCACAAAAGGGCACAGACCCACAGCGGUUACCAAACCACUCACAAGCCGGUGCUGAUCAUGAUGGUACCACUUCCGACCCGACGCGGCAUCAGAGUUGCCAGACGAAGGUUUGAGGCCUACCCGAGCUUGAGCUGGGGCGAGACAGCCGCUCCCCCAGGUCUCUGACCAGUGUAUCGCUGUGUCUUCCCCCCCCCCCAUGGACCGGUGGGGGUUAUCCAGGUCCCCACGGGCGACAACCCAGGGCUGCCACAUGGCUCCAGCACCAGCCUUGCAGUGCAAGCGGGGCGGGUCAACACAUGAUGGCCGACGCCUUCCAGACAUGUGCACGCCGAAAGGGAGAGAGGGCGCCCUCACUGCGAAAUGAGUAGGCACUCACCGGCUGCCUCCAGGAUAAGCCUGCAGAAUCAACAGUGCAACCAGCGGCACUGGCAGCGACAAGUAAGCGGGACAAAGUAGGGCGGGCGAAGAGCAGAUUUUCCCCCUCCCCCGGCAAUCCCUAUAAAAGAAGGGCCCACCUGGGUUGAAGACCACAAGGGGAACAGCCCCGGAGCAUCGGUCACAAAAGCAGCUGACUCAACGCCAUAGAGAGAGUCACCCUAUCAGGACAAGCUGCGGCCCCCCACAUGGGCAGAACCUGGCCUCCCACUAGAGAUCCCUAGUUCGAGACCAGAGGAUGCAGGCCUUCAUGACGGCCCAGGGCACUGGGGGAACCCACAUGAACUCUGCCCUCUAAACACACUAUUCCACCUAAGCCUGCCACCAAGCAGAGGGGUCGUCUGACCCGGGACUUGAACCCCAACCUUAAGUGCCAUAAUUUAACUACACCUGUCCUUGAGCGCCACUAUACACCUGCCAUAACACACCUGACUAGCUGGCACCCUUUCACUGCUCAACUCAACGACUGGCAGUGCACAGUAGACAUAGGCUACUACAUACUUGCAACCAUCAGCUCUGAAAACACCCACAGACGAGCACCACCUGAGCCUAUAACAGACACAGGGACUAGCACCAUUCAUCGACACUCUGAGCCCUGGACCCUGGAACCCGUGGAAAUCUCAGCCUCCAGACCAAACAAAACACUCACACAAUCACACAGCGAGUUUACCAACAUGCAUCUUUAACCUGUAACUCUAAGCAACAUGACACAGAUACUUUUUGAACAUCUCGUAUAAUUAUAAAAAAAAAAAAAAAAAUGAGCAAAUUUUUCAUAUUGCUCCUAAUGUAACACAAAGAUAUGUGCUUGAGGACUGUCGUUGGGGCACCAUAAGCUUCUGUGUUAAAAUCUAUGUGCACAAUAAAAACAUUUUUAAAAAACAAAAAAAAACUGGAGAUUUGGUUUAUCCCAGUUCCGAUGGAUAUAUUUGGCACUUAAUUUGCAUCUCUAGCCAAGUACUCAUUCUGAGUCAUAGAAUUCAAAUUUAAAAAUUAAUUCUAGAAGGCAUUUAUAAGUUAAAAGCAAGUAAAACUGUACGACUUACAAUCUAUAUUUUUAUUUAUUUAUUUUUCCCCAUGUGUUUUUAGAUUCAUUACUAGCUUCCAAGUACAAGUUGCUCAGUACGAGUUUAUGCAAUAUUAGGGAUAUCGAUCAGAAGUGUUUGGUAUUGCAGCAACUCCCUGGGAAUGUCAAACUUGUGGCAGCUUACCUCCAAGGCUUAAAUGCCCAGAGAGAAGGUAAGUCUACCAAUUUAGAUAAAGCUAAAGGUGUUAACCUAGUAUUGGCAAUGAUCCACUUCUUUGUGCUUGUAUUUCAGUCAAAAUUUUGUGCCCAAGUCAAAAACAUGGUCUAUCCGGGAUUCAGGAUACCAUGGCUGCUAGAUGUAUGGUUUAAUUUUCUAAAGGACAUACAAUAUUUUUUUAUAGAUCCAUCCUUCAGCAGCUGGCAUCUGUAAGCAUUUAAAUCAGUUCUAGAAAUGAUAAGAUGGGGAGGGUAUAAAUAUGCAGUUCGUCAUGGAUGCAAAUGAAAGGGAAACCUGAAGAAUCAUAGUUUAUGUGGUUAAGAGAGAGAAAGUAAAACCAUUGCUAAAUGUGGUCCUUCCAGUCCUAUAAUGUGUUCAGGCCAACAUCACUAAAGGUUCCUGUGAUUUUUGUUACAAAAUAUUGGUUUAAUGAAUAAAUAUAUCUCCCCUUCCAUCAGAGACGAUAAGCAUGUCCUUCUACUCUACACGGAAUCUGGAUGACCCCAGUAAGCGUCAUGUUGCCCUAGGUCUAGCAGGGAAGAAUCUCUACCUGUCCUGCAGCCUUGUACAAAGUGAACCUCAGGUGAACUUGGAAGUAAGUAGCAACUUAAAAUAGAAUUGCCAUUUUAAUGAUCAGCUUUAGUCUGGUGCUCUGGCUGCAGUUCAGCUUUUAUAAUGACUUCUACAACCAAUAGAAAACUGUCAAUGAAGUGUGUUUGUAUAUAUCUACAUAAACAUGGACACUUUGAAAAAGUGUGCCAAAUUUUGUCAGUUUGAAAACACACACAUACAUAGCGCAUAUUAUGUAACCCUUUUUGUUGAAAUAUAUUUCCAAUAAACUUUCUUUCUCUCAGAAAGUCAAUACCCUUAGCGGAUUAAAAGAUGACGAAUUGCUACGAUUCCUCUUUCUGAAGUGUGAAAAUGGUCCAACAUUCAAAUUUGAGCCUGCUUUGUGCCGUGGCUGGUAUAUCAGCACCUCGCGAAAAGUGAAUGAAACCAUCUUAAUGAAGCCUGAAGCUGAUCAAAAAUAUGUCAGAGAUUUCUUAGUAAUUUCAUAA